GUAGCGACGCACCGCCAUCACCGGCCUGUGAGCACGCGAAAUUUCAUCUGCCUCUUCGUUCCGAGUCCCGUCAGAUCACGGUCGCCGAGCCCCCAGGCUAGUUUCUUCCAGCAUGCCGCCCGCAGGCACGUGGAUCAAGAUGAGCAUCGUGUAAGUGAGACACCGCGCCUCGCUCGUCUGGGCUCUCUUCGAUGGUCGUCUUUGCCCCGAAGUCCAUCAGUUUCUGGAUGGUCCUGCAUCCCUUCGGGGCAAUGUGUGUGAAUCUACUGUACUUUUGUAUCGUGCUGUCCCUAUACUGUACUGACCAGUCUUCUCUAAGCGGCUUGGGAAUAGCUGUCGGUGGUCCUGCUCUCGUGUUCUACGUUACCCCAUCUGAGGAGGAGAUUUUCAAAAGAUAUAACCCGGAACUCCAGAGGAGAUCACUGGAAGGCCGGAUACAGCGCCAGGAGGAAUUCGACACCUUUGUCAAGCAUCUCAAGGAAUAUUCGAAGUCGGAUGAAAACAUCUGGCAAGCUGCAAAAGGAGCAGAAGCAAAGCGCAGAGAAUUAGCCGUGGAGGCAGAAAAGGCAGAGCGCCGUUCCAUCGCCGAGGAGAUGAAAAAACAACGGAUGGAUAUAGCGCAGUCAAUAUCAGAUCCUGCUCAGCAUGUGGCGGAAACUCCGCCAUCAGAGACGCAGAAGCGCAAGUGGUUCUGGGCAUGGUAGCAUGAGUGACUCCAUAAUGUCAAAACUGUAUUAUACAAGAAGGGACAUUGCAGUACAGUGACAGCUCAUCUGCUCUUUGGAGCCCCUCUAGUGAUAAUUAUCCGAUGCAUGUUGAACCUUCGUCGUCGAGCAUUAUUCUUGAGAACGCCACAAACUCUACCAAGUGAGCUACUCUUGUUAGAUUUGAAAAUCACGAGAACAACAAUGAAUGACCGCCCGAGUUCAAGCAUUCGCACUUUAGCAGGCAGUGUUGUCCCUGUCAAGCCAUCUAUAAUCUCGAAUCCCAGUCCGAGACUAGAGCGUGAAACGAAACCUUUCCCGCCGUCGAAAAGCAAAGUCUAUGCACGGCACAUCGGAGCUAGCCAAGCAGAAAAUCAACGUUUCGAGCUGCUCUGCAACGAGCAGCUCUCUUAUUUGCACCGUAAGCCACGUGGCUGCCCUAUUGGAAGCUCGCUACAGCACGAGCCAAGGUUCUGAUGAUCCGUAUUCAAGAGUAGAUACAACGCCAGGCAGUCGUCUUUGACAGAAACCUUGAGGAGCAAAGCCACCCUCAACACAGAAAAUGCCCACAACGGGGUUGUCUCAUCCAGCUGAACACUAGCGACCAAUAGCAUCGAUUCAUUUGCUACUCUGCCAGACCACCAAUCCUCUCUGGGCGGUCUUCUUGCUUCAUGUGGCG